CUACAAAUGCCGAGAGUAACGUACGAAGUAAAUAUGGACCUAUAUGGAAUUGUACCUAAAUAACUUCCUUUCUCCUCCCAGUCCCUCACUCUCUAGUCCGAGUAUUUUAUCUUGCCGCAUCUCUCGUUUCUCCUUCCCUUGUCAACUUCCCUCCAACCUCCGCUCCCAGCUCCCUCCUCGUCUCGACUCUUGACCUCCGUCCCUAUCUCCGUCCUUACCUCCCUCUCCCUCCCCAUUAGCACAUUCUCCUGCCUCCCCCACAAGCCAGCCUUCCCUUCUACCAAGAGCGCGACAUGGUAGGCGUCAAGAGAGUCGCCGUCAUUGGUGCCGGUCCCGCGGGGGCUAUUGCUGUAGAUGCUUUGGCCCAGGAACAGGCGUUUGAUCUCAUCCGUGUAUUUGAGAGGCGAGAGGCCGCCGGGGGUUGCUGGAUUGGUGAUGAGAGCCCUCCGCCCCUUCUCUCCGACUUACCCCGCCUCGCGGAUCGCUCCGCCGACCCUCCGGUCCCGGUCCCGGACCGGCUCCCGGCCCAGACCCCGAAACUGGCCCAACAACGCUUUACCGACUCAUCCGUCUACCCAUAUCUCGAGACCAAUGUCGAAGCCCUUGCCAUGUCCUUCUCGCAGGAACCCAUACCGGAUGACCGCACGGCGAACUCGGUGGCCCUGCACGGCCCAGACACUCCUUUCCGCCACUGGACCGUUCUUCGCAACUACGUCCAGGGCCUCCUAAACCGCCGCGGCUAUUGUGAUCUCGUCUCAUACAAUACGACCGUCGAGAGAGUCGAGAAGGUAGGCCAUGAGUGGAAGGUGACCCUGCGCAAGGACGGUACCGAAACGGACUACUGGUGGGUCGAAUGGUUCGAUGCAGUCGUCGUCGCCAGUGGUCACUACUCUGUCCCCUAUAUCCCGGCCAUUGACGGUCUGGAGCAAUUCGAAAAGCGCCGUCCGGGGAGCGUCAUUCACAGCAAAAACUUCCGGGGACGGGAUUAUUAUGCCGGCAAGCGCGUCGUCGUGGUCGGGGCUUCCGUAUCCGCCGCCGACAUCGCCUUCGAUCUAACCAGUGUUGCUCAAUCCCCCGUCCAUGCGGUUAUGGAGGGUCAUAAGAUCAACGUCUACUUUGGUGACGAAGCCUUCAAUCAUCCACGUAUUUCUCGCCAUCCCAGCAUCACCCGCGUUCAAAAUCGCACUGUAUACUUCGCGGACGGCACUUCCGUUCCUGACGUUGACGCCAUCGUCUUUGGAACCGGUUAUUCCUGGUCCUUGCCCUUCCUACCCGAUGUCGAGGUUCGCAACAACCGCGUCCCCGGCCUGUAUCAACAUGUGGUCUACCAGGAGGACCCGACGCUUCUCUUCGUCGGCGCCGUCGGCGCGGGCUUGACUUUCAAGAUCUUUGAAUGGCAAGCGGUGCUCGCCGCACGCCUCCUAGCCGGGCGCGCUACCCUGCCCCCGCUCGCUGAGCGACGCCGCUGGGAGGAAGACUGGAUCGCUGUCCGCGGCGACGGGGCCGGCUUUACUCUCGUAUUUCCUGAUUUUGAGGACUAUUUCGAGACCUUACGGAAACUGGCCGGCCCCCCCGCGGGCAAGGGCAUUGGACGUCCGUUGCCCCCCUUCCGUCGAGAAUGGUUCAAGGCCUUUAUGGACGGGCAUGAGAGGCGGAAAGCCAUGUGGCGACGCCUCAACGCCAAGGCCUGGGAGGAGGAGCCUGCUCCGGUGGAAGUGAAUGGAGUGGCCAACGAGGCCGUGAAUAGGAACGGGCUUGAAAGGGAGAAGCUGGACGACGAGCCUCUGGGCUACGACUGGGAGACGACCAAGAAACUCACUAUCCUACUGCAGGCUCUUCAAAGCCUCAGCACCCACAAGUAGAGCCAUUGCUGCUUCAGGCUUGUGGGAACGAUAUGAUGCGUGAAAUUUUAGCAAGAUCUAACAAAAUACCCUUGGAUGUGCCUUUGUAGAUACCAGU